AUGUAUGAUAUAAUCUUGCUAUUCCCAGUGAAGGAUCCCAGAAAGCUAGCUCUUUGGGUGCAGAAAAUGCAUAUUGCAGAUUGGGAACCUACAAAAAAUGAUAGGCUUUGUUCCAAACACUUCGAACAGAAGUCUUUCUAUAGAAUUAGUAACAGAACUUGCCUUCUUGAUGAGGCAAUACCGACAGUAUUUGAAGAAUUACCAUCAUAUCUUCAGGAAAAGCUAAAACCAAAGCGAGCAAUGAAAAGGCUCCGUCCACAAACUGACCAACCUUCUACUUCUGCUACUCCGGAUCUUGACAUAUCUAGAGACAAAAGUUUGGAAGACACUCCAAGAAAAAGGCGCAUAAGGAGACAAUUAUUCCAAGCAGUAAGAAGAAGUAGUGAUAAAUCUAUAAAGUUGAAGCAAAUUCGACAAACG